GGAGCUGCUUCUCCACCCACUAGAAGAUGGCGGAUCUGAACAAGCAAGUACUUCUCCAGAAGAGUGUGAAGAUUGCUCCAGGUGCAGUUGUCUGUGUGGAAAGUGAAAUCAAAGGCGAUGUUACAAUAGGGCCAAGAACUGUGGUUCAUCCCAAAGCGAAGAUUAUUGCUGAAGCAGGUCCAAUCAUUAUUGGUGAAGGAAACUUGAUUGAGGAGCAGGCUCUUAUAAUAAACAGUUUUCCCGAGAACAUUGCACCCGACUCAGACGAUGUGGAACCAAAACCAAUGAUCAUCGGUACCAACAAUGUGUUUGAAGUUGGCUGCUAUUCUCAAGCACUGAAGAUGGGUGACAACAAUGUGAUAGAAUCCAAAGCAUCUGUAGGCAGAAAUGUAAUUCUUACUAGCGGCUGCAUCAUUGGCGCGUGCUGCGAUGUGAAUACUUGUGAAGUGAUUCCCGAAAACACCGUUAUCUAUGGGUCUGAUUGCUUGCGUAGAGUGCAGACAGAGCGUCCCCAGCCACAAACAUUGCAGUUGGACUUCCUGAUGAAAAUCCUUCCUAAUUACCAUCACCUAAAGAAGACCACAAAAAUGACUUCCACUCCAAUAAAAAACUAAACAUGCGCUGUAUGCCUUGCUAGAUAAUAACGGAUUUCAUUUAUAUCCUGUGUGUUUCUUCUCUAUUAUGCAAUAUGUGGCCAUAUACUCUAUAUUAGCACUACUAUUAUUGUUUAACUUUGUUGAUUUUGUUUAAUAAUGCUAUUUAUGUAUGUCGUGUCCAGUGUUCCCUCUACAGCCAGUUUUGUGAGCGGCCCAGCAGUGAAACAGUUAAUAAGGGAACCACACCUUGCAGUCUGCAUUGUGUAGUGUUUGCUGUCCAAGAAAGAUUAAGUAAAUUUUAACCUUAAUUCUUAGUCAGUGAGGUCAGUAACAUGAAAUGAAUGCAGACCUAUAUAAAGCACAGAAUAGAGUUUUGUAUUUUUUUUUUCUUAAAUAGAAGAACGUGCAAACAAACGUGACUUUAUCCUGGGAAGUUGGAUGACAGUUUGAAAACCAAACAUGUAACUGGACUUUCUUAUGCUAAAAGUCAGUUACAUUUUUUUUGCAUUCCAUUCUUUGUCAAUAAAUUAUUUGUUGUAUCUACAGAA